GUCCCUCUCUCAAACUCCCAAGCACAUAAACGAGCAAGAAAAGUUUAGAAAACGAGACCUUUUUUUUCUUUUUCUUUUUUUUUUUUUAAAAAAAAAAAGAAAAGAAAAUAAUCUUUUCAUAAUCUCAUCGAUCCCUCUGUAUCUGUGUCUCCCCCAAAAUGAAGACCAACACCACCACCGGCACAAAGCUCAUACUCCUCCACCACCCCUCCUCAAUCCACAAACAAAACGGCGCAAUCUCCUGCUCCUCCUCCUCCACAAAUUCUCACCGCCUCUGGCUCCUCUUCAUCACCACGCUAUUCACCUUAGCCUUUACCGUCACCCUCUUCAGCUCCACCAUCCCCUCCUCCGCCUCCUCCUCAACCAGACCCACCAGCCUAACCUCUGCCUUCCCCACCACGCCUCUCCCGCCGCCCGUCUCCGAUGCACUCCUCCAUUACGCCGUCACAGCCUCGAACGCCUCCGGCUCCCCCCACAUGUCCUCCGCCGAGCUCGCGUCCAUAUCCGCCGCCCUCACCCACUGCUCUCCCGGCUGCAACUUCCUAGUCUUCGGUCUAACCCACGAGUCCCUCCUCUGGCACGCGCUCAACUUCAACGCGCGCACGGUCUACCUGGACGAGAACGAGUUCUUGGUGUCCAAAUUCGAACAAUCCCACCCGGGAAUCGAAGCCUACGAUGUGUCGUACUCCACCAGGGUCUCCGACAUGCCGGAGCUCAUUCAGGGAACGAAAUCCCAGGUCCGGAACGAGUGCAGGCCGGUGCAGAACCUAUUGUUCUCGGAAUGCGUGCUCGGUAUAAACGACUUGCCUAACCACAUAUACGACGUGCCGUGGGACGUGAUUCUCGUGGACGGGCCACGAGGGUACUUCCCCAAGGCCCCGGGGAGGAUGUCGGCCAUAUUCACGUCGAGCGUUCUGGCGAGGAGCAAGAGGGCCGGUGGGUCCCGGUCACGAACACACGUGUUCGUGCACGAUUUUGACAGAGAGGUGGAGAGGACGUGCAGCGAUGAGUUCUUGUGCCGAGAGAAUUUGGUUGAGACUGUGGACUCGUUGGGGCAUUUUGUGUUGGAGAGAAUGGACGAGAAUUGCUUUGAGUUCUGUAAAAAUUUCACUUCUUCAUCUUCCUCUUCCUCCUCAUUGCCAUCGUCAGAUUUAAAUUCUUUAUCAUGAGACGAUGAUGAUUGAUCAGAUGGGGUUUGUGAGGAUCAAUUGUAUUAUUAUGACACUUUUUCCUUUUUUUUUUUUUUUCUUUUUUUUUUGUUUGCUUUCAUAGAAAAGUUUAAUAUUCUAUAGGUGUAAAACUGUUUCAAGUGUGUCCAAAACAAAGAUGAAGCAUCAAAGUUUUGGGUAUCUUAAAAAGUUUCUUUUUUUUAGUGA